GAACAGAUCAAAAAAAGAGAAUUCACAAUGAAGAGAUUCCAUACAUCUGUGACGAUUUCAGCAGCUCUGAUUCUGUUUCUUCUAGCUUUGUUUAGCAGCAAGAAUAAUGUAGAGGGUCGUCAGAUGGCGCCAACUUCCAUGGAUUUAGCAAAUAGCAAAGCUGUGAGAGAUUUGGAGAUAAGCAAGGAGAUGAAGGAGGAGUCUCUCAGAGGUGAGAAAGAUAGCUUCCGAGGAAUCCCAAGGAGUGGCUCCAGCCCUAUACAGAACAGGAACGGUCCCCUAUCAGAUGUAGGAAGAAGUAGAAAACAGAGUGUCACAGCAGGAGAACCAUAG